GGCGCCAGCCACACCUGGCCCCAUGGACGAUGCCGCGGUCCUAAAGAUGAAAGGCUACCUGAUGGGCAUCACUCUCGGUGAGGGCUCAUACGGAAAAGUCAAAUCUGCCUACUCUGAGCGCCUCAAGCUCAACACGGCGGUCAAGAUCAUCGACCGCAGGAAAGCCCCCACCGACUUCCUGGGAAAAUUCCUUCCCCGGGAGAUCGAGAUUCUGCCCAGGCUGAACCACCGCUCCAUCGUCAAGACUUACGAGAUCUUUGAAACAUCAGACGGCAGGGUCUACAUCGUCAUGGAGCUCGCGGCCCGGGGCGACCUCCUCCAGCUCGUCCAAACCCGGGGAGCCCUGCCCGAGGACGAGGCCCGCGACAAGUUCCACCAGCUCUCCUCAGCCAUUAAGUACUGCCACGACCUGAACGUCGUCCACCGCGAUCUCAAGUUGGAGAACGUCCUCCUCGACGAGAGCUUCAACAUCAAGCUGUCCGACUUCGGCUUCUCCAAGUGCUGCCUGAGGGAUGAUGGUGGUCGGCUGACCCUGAGCAAGACCUUCUGCGGGUCAGCGGCUUACGCAGCACCCGAGGUGCUGGAGGCCGUCCCCUACCAGCCCAAGGUGUGCGACAUCUGGAGCCUGGGCGUGAUCCUCUACGUCAUGGUCUGUGGCGCCAUGCCUUACGACACCUCCAACAUCAAGAAGAUGCUGCGCCACCAGAAGGAGCACCGCGUCCACUUCCCCCGCUCCAGGCACCUGUCGGGUGAGUGCAAAGACCUCCUCUACCGCAUGAUGCAGCCGGAUGUCCCUGAGGAGCUGAGCCGCAAGGUGCAGGACUUGGAGCCGCUGAUCGAGAGCCCGCCCGCCAGACUCUUUCCUUCCCCAGGGCCUUUGCACAUGCUGUGCCAACCAACCCGAUUCACAAGCCUCAUCUUCUGGGGCAGGUUCCUUGUAAUCAUCCAGGCCUUCCCCCAGUUCGGGUGUCUGGACAGUGGCCAGCACCUGGUAAAUGCUCAAGGAAUGGUUGUUGAAUGA